AUGCGUGCCCUUGUGAGCGCCGCCCUGAUGCUGUCCGUGACCAGCGCGCUGCUGCCGCUGCGGGCCCCCGCGGGCGGCCCCGUUCUGAGCAGCUGCCUGAAACCUUGGAAGGGCUGCCCCGAGGGCAGCUCCCUGAGCGGCUCCCGGCUCGGUGUCGCUGGUUUCUCCGAGGUCAUGGCCAUGUACCAAGACGGCAGCACGUCCGACAAAAGCGGCAGCACGUGUGCGCCGCACGGCGAGAACGGCCUCGACCGCGCCGCCCCCAAGGCCCUGGCGACGAGCCCCGCCGCGACGGCGCUGCGCCAGCUCUACAAAAACUCCGGCGCGGACGGCAGCACGUCCGACAAAAGCGGCAGCACGUGUGCGCCGCACGGCGAGAACGGCCUCGACCGCGCCGCCCCCAAGGCCCUGGCGACGAGUCCCGCCGCGACGGCGCUGCGCCAGCUCUACAAAAACUCCGGCGCGGACGGCCUCUACGCCGACGCGUUCGACUCCGCGACUAUGAAAGGCGGGGCGAAGGCCGAGCUCGACUCGAACAAGUACCAGGCGGGCGGAAUGCGCGCGCUCCACGCCAUCGAGCAGGUCAGCUGCGUGCAAUCCAAGACGAUGGUCCAGGGCACGAUCAAGCACGCUGCUAUUGCUACUGAUGGGCGUGUGACGGCCGAAUCGGCAUGCACGGGCAAGCCCACUUACAGCUGCGUUUCGAGCUUCGAGCAAACAGCGGAGGGCUGCUCCGGCGAGACUAUAGGAGGCUGCCCGCUCGCCGGCAGCGCGAACAAGCCGGCCGGGAACGACGUCUUGGACGUCGCGUCCGCCGAACAGGCGCCUUCGAACACGACCGAGGGCGGCGUCGACGAAGAAGAAGCUGCCGAGGGCUACCGCGGGCGGGCUUCCCGGUGGCUCUUCCAGUUUCUUGCGAUUUCGAUCGGAAUUGUUUUGGGACUCUUUGUGUUCGGAAGGGUUAUUCCGCGGUGCAGUAGCUCGGCGAAGGGCGCUGCCUGGCGCUCGUACGUCGUCGCCUACCUGCUUAUUUCGCCAGAGAUCGCCCUCGUGGAGGCGGCGGCGACUUCGGUCCGCAGCAGCGACUACACAAUUACGAAGAGUUCCAAGAUCAAGACCAACGAGUCUCCGAGCUCGUCAGUCCAAAGUCUUGGGCAGCGGCGCGUGCUGUCGGGCUACGUGAUGACCGACAGCAACAUUAGAACGGCCGUUACGGCGUGGUUCUCGGACCCGAGUGCUGCCGAGUCGACGUACGGCCACAUCUCGACGUGGGACACAUCGGGGGUGACGGACAUGUCGCAGUUGUUUUGUUCAGCUUAUCAUGCGACCUAUCGGCCUCUCUGCAACACGGACGCGUCGUCCUUCAACGAGGACAUCACCGCGUGGGAUACCUCCGGCGUCACGACGAUGUCGUUUAUGUUCGGCUGGGCCUCGGCCUUCGACCAGGACAUCGGCGCGUGGGACACCUCCGGCGUCCUGUCGAUGGAUGCGAUGUUCAACUACGCCUCGGCCUUCAACCAGGACAUCAGCGCGUGGGACACCUCCGGCGUCACAACGAUGAGCGGGAUGUUCCGCGACGCCUCGGCCUUCGACCAGGACAUCGGCGCGUGGGACACCUCUGGCGUCACGACGAUGUACUACAUGUUCCUCAGCGCCUCGGCCUUCGACCAGCCGCUAAACGACUGGCGGAUCGACAAGGUCAUGAGUAUGGCACGGAUGUUCUACGACGCCUACGCCUUCGACCAGGACCUCGGCUGGUGCGUGGCCGACGACGUGGAAAUGUACCAAGCGUACUCCAACACCCCGUGCUACUCGACGUCGUGCGGCAUCAAGCAAGUGGCGGGCGGAUGCGCGCCAACGCCCGCGCCGACAAUGUCGCCACAACCGACCACGGCGCCGUCGCCCGCGCCGACGAUGUCGCCACAACCGACCACGGCGCCGUCGCCCGCGCCGCAGAUGUCGCCAUACGUGAUGACCGACAGCAACAUUAGAACUGCUCGCGACGCGUGGCUCACUAGCGCGACGGCCGCGGAGGCGACGUACGGCCACAUCUCGACGUGGGACACAUCGGGGGUGACGGACCUCUCUCGUUUUAUUUGGACAUCGUCCUUCAACGAGGACAUCACCGCGUGGGACACCUCAGGCGUGACGACCAUGUACGAGAUGUUCAGCGGCGCCUCGGCCUUUAACCAAGACCUCAGCGGCUGGCAGGUCGACAAGGUAGAUGAUAUGGAAGGGAUGUUCAAAGACGCCUCGGCCUUUGACCAGGACCUCGGCUGGUGCGCGGACGACGACGUGGACCUGGAGAACGCGUUCUUACACACCCCGUGCGCGUUGACUCUUUGUGGCGUGAUGUGGGAGACAAAUACUGGCGACUGCGACGUAUCGCGCACGGGAAACGUCAUGGUCAACUGGAAAAUCAGAUGGGCAGUUAAUGCGUGGAUUUCGGACGCGACGGCAGCCGAAGCGACGUACGGCCACAUUUCCACGUGGGAGACCCAGGGGGUGACGGACAUGAGUUGCCUCUUUACAACAACAGCAGCUACUCACGAGUGCGAAUACUAUUACAACAGGGCCGCGGCGUCCUUCAACGGGGACAUCGGCGCAUGGAACACCUCUGGCGUCAAGACGAUGCGCUAUAUGUUCUGGGGAGCCUCGGCCUUUAACCAGGACAUCGGCGCGUGGGACACCUCGGGCGUCACAUCCAUGUCUUCCAUGUUCUACGAAGCCUCGGCCUUCGACCAGGACAUCAGUGGUUGGGCGGUCCACAGCGUCACGGAGAUGGGUGGGAUGUUCAUGGGGGCCUCGUCGUUCAACCAGGACCUCGGCGCGUGGGACACCUCGGGCGUCACGUCGAUGUACGCGAUGUUCGCCGACGCAUCGGCCUUCGACCAGGACCUCGGCUGGUGCGUGGCCAACACUUACUUGAUGCUGUAUGGAACCUUCCACGGCACCCGAUGCGAGUCGACGUCGUGCGGUGUCGUUCAAAAUGCUGCAGGCACCUGCGCACCUACGCCAGCGCCGACCGCGACCCGCGGCAGUGGCACCGUCGGCAGUGACACCGUCGACGCCGCCACCCGCCUCUCAGGCGUCAGCGCCGCGCUCCUCGUGCUCGCGCUCGCCGCGUGA